CGUCGUUUGCUGUGUUUGUUCUAUGACACUUUUCAUAGCUGGGUAAGAAGCGGCGGCAAUCGUACGCCAUCCGACGCAGUUUUCUUGGACUUGAACAUCAGACUUGCAGGGUAUCAUCAUGUCACAUGUUCCAGCCAAGAUAGUACUAAAGAGCACAACCACCAAGUCACUAAAUGAUCGCUUCACUGAAAUGGCCAAAACGCAAAUCAGAUCACCCCCACAAGUAACUGUCACUGGAGUGCGGAGCAGUCAGUUCCAGGUGGCUCAAGCCAGCAUGAAGAACCGUCGCCUUGCUGCCCAGAUGGCCAACAGACCAGGUGUGCAAGCAGCGCUUGGAGGAAACACAUCUGACCUUAAAAGUCGACUUGGCUCACCAACAAGAGGAAGAGGACGAGGUGCAAAUAGAGGGUUGUUAAAAAAUCGAUUGGGUAGUCCUGCUGUUGGUGGAAGAAAUCGAGGUGGGGUUCAGGGUGGUUUAGGUGGUGGAUUAAGGCAGAGCAGUAAUGUACAUGGUGUGAGCCGAGGAAAAAGAGGUGGUGGUGUAGUUGGUCGUGGUGGUCGUGGUGUUAUGAAAGCUGUCACUCGCGGUGGGCGUGGUGGACGUGGUGGUCGUGGUGGUAGAGGUGGUAAAGGAGCACAAAAUGUAACCAGGGGACGUGGACAGGGUCGUGGCCGAGGUGACAAGCCUGUGUCAAAGGAUAAGUUGGACCAGGAACUUGAGAAUUACAUGUCUAAAACAAAAAGCCAUCUUGAUGCAGAGUUAGAUGCAUACAUGCAAAAUGCAGUCGGAGAUGAAGAAUAAUCUAAAGAUGAGACAAAGAGCUAUAUGGCUGCCAUAAAGCGGAUAAUAAACAUAUCAAUUUGUUAAAACUACAUGGUUACAGUAGAGUGGUUUUGAGGAUCAUAUGUUUAACCACUGAUGCCAAAGAACUUUGUUUUAAAGGAUUUUGUUAUUUACAACAACAGAUAUUUUAGCAGAGGGAAAACCUUAUGAUCGUGCCUUCUCUAAUCAUUAGACUGAACACUCAUCACAUUAAUGACCUAUUUGUAAGUGUCUUUGGUUUAGUUUUCUUUGGUUACUUCAAUUUGUACAUGUGUAUUUUAGCUACUUUUUGUUUUACUACAUUCAACUGCUGUUACAAUACAUAGUUGAUAAUGUUAAAUUCUGUUGCAUUUAGCAAUUAGGAUAUUUUUACAUGUUAUUCUAUGUUGUACUUACACUUUUUAAUACAAUGACUCUAUUAAUUUUUCCUUUUUGAUGUUUCAACAUAAUGAAACUUAAACAGCUAAGAUCUUUAUUUCAAUGAAGUAGUAUACUAUUUUUUUCAGUUCCGUCGUGGUAAAUGCAUCUGGAGAAAAACUGGCCUAUUUUGGUCAAUUUUGGCCACACAAGCAAAAUAUCAUUUUAUAGAUUUCUUUUUUUUUUUUUUUUUUUUUAAGGAAAUUCUCUGUGAUACAAACAUUUCAUGGUGCAGCUGUUGUAAUUUAUCUAUAUGCCCUUUGAAUAAAACAAUGCUAUGUAACUCAA